UAAAUCUUCACUUCAUAUUCAUUCAUUCAGUUUAUAACUCAACAGUUUCAUAUUAUCAAGAUGGACUCACAACAACAAAUGAGCUACAAUGCUGGACAAGCCAAGGGCCAAACCGAGGAAAAGGCAAGUACCAUGAUGGACAAGGCUAGCAAUGCUGCUCAAUCUGCAAAAGAAUCCAUCCAACAUGCUGGAGAGCAAGCAAAGGCUACAGCACAAGGAGCUGCUGAUGCUGUGAAGAAUGCAACAGGGACAAACAACUAAUUGCAAU